UCCUGCCACGUCAGUGGUGUUUAGCUUCAAGCUGUCAAGUGCCCGAGAAAGUUCAGCAAAUCAGCUGAAACUCAAUGGAAGAGGCUUUUUGCGAAUUUUAAAGAAUAAUUAAAGUUUUCUUCCACGUGGGCACUAUGAGAUACCCUUUUCUUUUAAUUCUGGCUAUGCAUAUAGCCUUUGCAAAUGCCACCGAAUUAACUUUUGAAUUGCCCGAUAACGAGAAACAAUGCUUUUACGAGGACCUAGAGCAAGGAGCAAAGUUUGAUAUAGACUUUCAGGUUAUUGCAGGAGGAAACUAUGAUGUUGACUGUUUUGUGACAGAUCCACUGAAUAACGUGUUGUAUCAGGAACGAAAAAAGCAAUAUGACAGCUUUUCCCAUACAACAACCAUGAAGGGAGUCUACAAGGUUUGUUUUAGCAACGAGUUUUCAACCUUCUCUCAUAAAACUGUUUACCUGGACUUCAGAAGUGGAGAGGAUGACAGAUUAAUGCCAGACAUGAACAGAGCGACAGCUCUCACACAGAUGGAGUCAGCCUGCCUGUCUAUCCAUGAGAUCCUGAAAGUGGUUUCAGAUUCUCAGACUUGGUACCGUCUUCGGGAGGCUCAGGACCGAAUCAGGGCUGAAGACCUGAACGAACGCAUCCAUUUUUGGUCUAUCGGGGAGACCGUCAUCCUGUUUGUGGUCUGUAUUGGCCAGGUCCUUAUGCUUAAGAGUUUCUUCAGUGAGAAGAAAGCAAAUGUUGCCACCAGCACAUAGAUCUAUUUUUUUUUUAUUCUGCCGCCUUUUUUCAUUAAUCAGUCUGAUCUCCUUGAAACAACGUUGACUGAUGCCUGCAACCAACCAAAAAUGAGAUCUGUGUCAAACAAUGUGCCUUAAUUUGGAAUGAUGUACUAAAACCUAUGCGUGAGUUCAUAAUAUUGUGCAGUAUAUUCAAAUUGGCCUCUAAGUGCAUUAUUCACUACACCAGUAAUGGAAAUUGACCUGCUGCACCACAACGCUACCGCAUCUUAAUGUUUUUUUGUUUGUACCAGUGGUGUUUUGUGAAAUUUAUGCUUUGUCGACUUUAAGUGUGUGCACAUGGCAACUUAAAAUGCAUAGAUCUUAACAUAUACGUUAUGUAGAAAAGAAAGAAUAGUUUUGGUGCUUUGUGUUUUGGUAAUUAUGAUAAUAUGAUAAUGAAUGAGUGUGUUGAACCUCUAGUUUUAUGUUUAGCAUAAAAGUUCUUCUUCGUUUAUCUCACGUUCAAAAGGGAAAAAUCCACGGUAAUUUAUAUAUGUAUAUCUGGCAAAAUAUGAAAUGCUUGUUAAAAUUCAUUAUUUUAUAGCCCCUUAAUUGCGUAUUCUGUCUAAUUGUAAGUGCCAACCGCGCACACCACUGCUGAUUUUUUUUUUUUUCCCAUUUCUUAAGUUACUUUAUAUGGAACUGGUUUAUGGAUAUGGAGCAAGGGCUUGCACUUUUUUUGGACUGUAACUGAAACAUCAAUUUAAUGUGGAAUUCAAAAGCUGUUUUAUAAAUGUAUUACAUGUUUUUUUGGAUAUUUGUUACAAACUAGUUUCAUUUUGAAUACCUCAGCACAGGAUGUUAAAUCGAUUUGUGACAUUUAUUGAUUUAUUAUGAAAUGAAUACCAUAAAUUGUGUUGUUUACAUUGUGUUUGCCUUGGGUUAAUUAACUAAUUAAAACAAAGUUUUGAAUUGA